AUGGAGCCGCCUCGAUUCUGCUGUGCUUCUGGAGAGAUUAAAUUAGCACCAACCAAAAUGCCUGAUAGAUUAGUACAGCUUUAUAAAGCAAACACUCCUGAAUCAAAAGAAUUCAGACAAUGUGUUAGGAGUUAUAAUAACAUGUUUGCUUUCACAUCUCUGGGGGUUCAUUAUGAUAAAGAUCUCAGCAAGAGGAAUGAUGGUAUCUAUACUUUUAGGGUGCAAGGACAGAUAUACCAUUUUAUGAACUCAUUAUUUCCUUCUGAAGAUGACAAGGCAUCAAACUUGCAACUGUAUUUUUAUGAUACAGAACAUGAGUUAGCAAAUAGAAUGGCUAUCUCAGGCAAAUUCAAAGAGUCUAUUGUACAACAGCUGAGGUCUAUACUUGAUGAAAAUCCAUAUUCUGCUUUUAUUCGAAGCUUGACAGAAGUUCAGGACCUAGACAGAUAUCGGAUAUUUCUAAAGUCUGACUCAGGAUUGGAUCAACGUGUGUACAAUACACCUACAGUAUCUCAAGUUGCAGCCAUUUGGUCUGAAAGUGAUCUGAAUAGCACUCAAAGUUCCAGAAAUAUUGAAAUCUCUACAAAAACAGGCAACAAGAAAAUAGUUAAGCAAUACUAUGGGUGUUAUGAUGCACUGCAAUAUCCUCUUAUAUAUGCUCGAGGGGAAACAGGUUGGCAUCCAGGAAUUCUUCGAAAAACCAAAGCUGAUAUAUUAGAGCGGCCUGAUCAGACUUGCAGUCAAGAAAAUUUACUGCCUCUUCAUCAAUGUACCAACAUGGAUCACAUUAUCGAUGCAGAAGAGCAAGCUGUCAAAAAAAAAAAAAAAAGGCGGCCAACUGUUUCAUGUCGAGAGUACUAUGCAUACAAGUUUCAAAUUAGAAAUGCAGAUCAAUCAAAUCUUUUACAUAUCAGUCGCCUUCUACAGCAAUACUCUGUUGAUACUUAUGUAAAGUUGGAGACUUCAAGAUUGGAAUUUUACAGAGGCAGACAAAACAAAUUAAGAACGGAAGCAUAUCAAGGAUUAGUAGAUGUUGUUGCAAAUGGUGAAAGAAAUGCUGCAAAUGUUGGCAAGCGCAUCAUUUUGCCAGCAAGCUUUAUAGGUGGCCCAAGAGACAUGCGUCGCAGGUACAUGGAUGCAAUGGCAUUAGUGCAACGGUAUGGAAAACCUGAUAUUUUCCUUACUAUGACUUGUAAUCCGUCGUGGCCAGAAAUCAAACAGCAUUUGGAACAAAAAGAUGAAAGUCAGAAUCGUCCUGACUUAAUUGCUCGUGUCUUCCGUGCAAAAAUGGAACAAUUGAAAGAAGACCUAUUGAAAAAAAAUCUUUUUGGACAAGUAGCAGCAUAUACAUAUGUGGUUGAGUUCCAAAAACGCGGUCUACCACAUGCUCACUUUUUGAUCAUCCUUAAAGACAAGUGGAAAAUGUACUCUCCAGAAGAGUACGACAGAAUUGUCUCUGCAGAGCUGCCAGAUAGAUUCAAAUCACCAUAUCUCUUCUCUCUUGUUAUAAAACACAUGCUUCAUGGUCCGUGCGGAUCUCUGAAUGUAAAGAGCCCUUGUAUGCGACAGAAUCAGAAAUGUAAAAACAACUAUCCGAAAGAUUUUUCUGAAUUCACAAAGCAUGGAAAGAAUUCAUAUCCACUGUAUAGGAGGCGUGAUAAUGGAAACAGUGUCAUGAUCAGAGAUCACAAGUUGGACAAUCGUUGGGUUAUUCCUUAUAAUGCAUAUCUUCUAGCAAAAUAUGAUUGUCACAUCAACGUUGAAAUUUGUUCUGCCAUCGAAGCUGUGAAAUACAUAUAUAAGUAUAUAUACAAGGGCCAUGACCGAGUUCUAUACCAGCUAAAUGCAGAAGCAGCAGACAAAAUUGUUGAUGAAAUUAAAAAUUUCCAGUAUGGUCGAUGGAUCUGUGCCCCAGAAGCUAUGUGGAGAAUAUUUGCUUUUGAUCUCAGUGUCAUUAAUCCAGCUGUCAUUGUUCUACAUUUACACCUGCAAGAUUAUCAAUCAAUGCCCUUCCAUGAAGAUAGACCACUGCAGGAUAUCAUUCAAGAUGAAAGACUUCAACGAACAAUGCUUACAGAAUUCUUUGCUCUUAAUCGAACAAAUAAGCAAGCUCAGGAUCUCAAUUUAUUAUAUAAAGAAUUUCCCCAAUACUUUGUUUGGGAUGAAGAUGAUAGAAUCUGGUAUCCUCGAAAACGUGGACAAGUCAUUGGUCGUAUCACUACAGCGCAUCCAAUAGAAGGCGAAAGAUACUAUCUUAGAAUGCUGCUGAUGCAUGUUCGAAAACCAAAAUCUUUUACUGAUUUAAAGACAGUAAAUGGAUUCAUUGCUUGUUCAUUUAAAAAGGCUGCAGAAAUUCGAGGAUUGUUACAGAUUGAUAACGGAGCAGAACAAUGUCUAUCAGAGGCUGCACUGUACAAAAUGCCAUCAUCUCUAAGACAACUAUUUGCUGUCAUUUUGAUAUAUUCUCCGCCAAGUAGUCCAAAAGACCUUUGGGACAAAUUCUAUUACUCACUAUCAGAAGACAUAGCAAAUCAGUCUUUUCUAUCAGAAGAACAAACAAGAGCAAAAAGUAUAACAGAUUUUGGCUUCUCACAAUCAAUUUCAACAAUGUCUUCCGCUGCUAUCACAAAAGAAAUUGAAGCAGAAUAUGCAAUUCCCAUUUCUGAACAAGAUCUAGCAGCUGUAUCUGUGCUCAAUCAUGGUCAAAGACAUGCAUUUGAUAGAAUAAUGGAAAAAGUCAAUACCAAUGUUCCAGCUGCAUUCUUCAUUGAUGGACCUGGUGGUACUGGAAAAUCCUUUCUAUACAAGGCUUUGCUUGCAACUGUUAGAUCAAGAGGAGACAUUGCCCUGGCAACAGCAACAUCAGGAGCUGCAGCAUCAUUACUUGCUGGAGGUCGCACUGCCCACUCUCGCUUUAAGAUACCUCUUCAUCAGGAAAUUAAUAGUACCUGCAAUAUUUCCAAACAAAGUGCCAUUGGUCAGUUAGUUCAAGCUGCAAGAUUAAUCAUCUGGGAUGAAGCAACAAUGGCCAAGAAAUACGCCAUUGAAUCCCUUGACAGAUUAUUGAGAGACUUGCUAAACUCUGAUUGUAUCUUUGGUGGAAAAGUUCUUGUUUUUGGUGGAGACUUCCGGCAAACUUUGCCAGUGGUGAGAAAAGGUCAACGAGAAGAUUAUGUCUCAGCAUCCCUUGUCAAUUCUUACCUAUGGCCUCACCUGCAAAAGAUCCGACUCACUGAAAACAUGAGAGCACGGUCAGAUCCUUCAUUUUCUGACUUUUUACUGAAAAUAGGAAAUGGAACAGAGCCAACAAUUUUAGAUAACAAAAUCAAGCUUCAACCUUCAAUGCUCAUACCUUUUAUCGAUGAUAAAACCUCAUUGAACCUUCUGAUAAAUACUGUAUAUCCAUCCUUGCCUGACUUUUUAAACAACAGUUCUGCAGUUACUAACAAAGCUAUUUUGAGUACAACAAAUGAUACAGUUCAAGAAGUCAAUCAAAUUUUGAUUGAAAGAUUUCCAGGGCAAGAAACAAGAUACAUCAGCUUCGAUCAAACAAUUGAUCCAGCAAAACAGGCUGAUCAUGGAGAUUUCUUAAAUUCCAUUCAACCUCCUGGAUUACCCCCACAUGAACUAAUUUUGAAACCAAUGUGCCCAGUUAUACUUCUUAGAAAUCUUAACCCUGCACAAGGUUUAUGCAACGGAACACGUCUCAUUUGUUUAAAUUUUGAUAAGAAUGUCAUACAUGCUGAGAUUUCAGUUGGUAUUCAUGCUGGUAAACAUGUGUUUAUUCCUCGCAUUCCAUUGCAUAGUUCGAAUGAUGAAUCUUACCCAAUACCCUUCAAACGCACUCAAUUUCCAAUUUCAUUAUGCUUUGCUAUGACAAUCAAUAAAUCACAGGGACAAACACUUGAUUUUGUUGGAAUAUACUUAAAGGAACCUGUCUUUUCGCAUGGACAAUUAUAUGUUGCAUUGUCUAGAGCAAAAACCUCAGCAAAUGUGAAGAUCUUGCUAAGACCUGUUACUGUCCAGUCUACAGAAAGCAAUUAUACUCGAAAUAUUGUUUAUCAUGAAAUCCUAGCUGCUGCUGCUGAUACUUGA